AUGCAGCCUACCUACGAAGAAGUAUUCCGCUCUAGACCAAAAGUUGGAACAGACCGCAUUAGUACUUCGAUGUUGUUUGGAGAUGUCACAACAGCACCAGUCGCUGCAAGAACCAAUCUGGUUGAAGGCGGUCAUUCUGCUAGUAAUGCAACUACCAAGAUGUCUACCGUACAUACUAACCGGAGGUUAGAUGGAAAUGGUCGUUUGAUAGAGUACAGUCAUGAUACUGGACGUAGCAACUCUUCAGGACCAUAUGAUAAUUACUACGAUAGAAACUCGAGCAUGUCCCAGUUUGAUGAGCAUCAGUCCAGAUACCAUCAACAAGGACUGUUUAGUAAGCACCCCAAUACUACGGAUAUCCAUGAUGAACGGAUGAGUGGACAUCAUGUUUGGGAUCCACGACUGCGUUAUGUGGAUCAUAAUGGAUACGCUGACUAUCUGGAUAUCGGACAUUCUGAUGGCAGCAUCAAGGAUCAAGGCUAUUCCUUGAACCAUCUCAAUGGACGCACACGACAUUAUGAUGAUACUGUCCAUUCAUCCAUUCUGGAACACAAUCCAAGGUACAUCCCAACUGAGCCUACCUCAGCGUAUUCUAUCUCUAAUCCAUCCAAUCAGACUCAUCAGGAUUCAACCUAUCGACACACAAAGCAUCAUAAUCAAAGCAAGAGUCGUGAUCCUCAACACUAUCCAGCUGGUCCAAUAAUGGGGCGAUCUUUAGCUUACAAUGCACCAGAAACCUCCUUGAAUGAUGUGCGUCGACAAGCCUGGACAACAGGGCAUGAUUCCACACAACCUCUGGAUGGUCACAGUCGUCAGCAAACUAUUGUACAAGAUGUAAAGACGUUUAAAAAACAAGCAGUGAGUGUUCCUUUAAACAUGCUGCCCAUAUCUCAACCACAGUAUCAAGAUGGUGAUGAGCAAAACUACUGGGAUGCUUCUUUAAAACAUGGCCAUUCUCAUGAAACAUGGACCAACCCAAAGAGUCGCGAUCUUAUCGACUCUCGACGUGCAGAUAUGGAUCAUUCUCAUUUGAUUUCGUCGCAUGGUAUCAAUAGUCCAGCUACCAUUCCUACAAAGUUCUUGUCCUCGGUUGAGCCCACACAUCCGAUUCAAGGUCCUCACGACCCAUUACAGAUGCCUUUUGAAUACCAUUUACUUAGAAAGCAAGUACUUGACGUCACUGGAGAUUUAUCAGAGAUGCUGCAUUCUUCAUCAGAAAUGUUUGAACUGCAUCAGGCUGAAACUCGUCUUUUAGAGGAAUACAAGCUCAAUGUUUCGAGUAUAUCCAACAUAUCGUCAAAAGUAGAGAAGCUACAACGACAGAUGAAGGAUAUAAGACAAUGCAUACAUACCAUUAUGCAGGCCGAGGAAGAACGGUAUUUACCACAGAUUAUUCAAUUGCAGGCAUGGACACGUGGAUGGAUUGUACGCAAUCGAUUGAGACAACAGGGAAUUGAGUUGGAUUGCUGGCAUCGCAAUAAACCUGAAUCAGACAUUUCUGAUGCUUACCUGGCUGAAUUGAAUGCAAAAAUUCAACCAGCUACCACAGCAGUGGUCAAAAUCCAGUCACUGUGGCGUGGAUAUAAAGAGCGACUGCGACUAGGACCGAGUUUUCGAUUACAACUCAUUCAAACAACACAACAAAAGAGACUACACAGUCUUUGUCAAGAAGUGCAGAUGUUGCGAUUGCAAGAUACUCAGAGAUCACAAGAGAUGUUGCAAUUAAAGCAGAUGCUUGACAUGGCACUAAAGCAGAUUGAAGCACUACAAACUACGCAACCCACUCCAAUCGUGAUACCACAAGAUAUUCCUGAGCAUACAGAUGACAAGACACACUCGAUCAAUCUGGUAGAUCCGACUGUUUCUAAUUAAGAUUCUGAUUCAAAGUACAGAUAAAUUGGUGGUGGUAACAGGGAAAUAUUAAGUUUUGGAAAGAGCCGAAUAUAUUUCUUGUAUC